GUUCAUUUUUUCUAGAAAAAGAGAAAAACUAUUGCCUCUGCUCUGUUUCUUUAAUUAAGAGAAACCUUCUUCCUUCCCCUCAGUCCCCACUCAUCACAAUCCAAACCUCCUUCCCCGGCGCACGAUAGCUCGUAGACGUACCUUCUUUUUUCUUCUUUACGUUUUUAUUUAUUUAUAAAUAACUGGAAGCUCUGUCUCUUUUUUCGCGAAAUUUCUGUACCUUACAGUAAAAGUGUCAUCAAAAUUCUUGGACGAUUACAUACGGCAGAUCUAUCAAAUCAUCUUAAGCAAGUACGAUCUUUACAAAUAUACGCAAGUUUGAGCGAUAGAAGGCCGGAGCUGGCUGCUCUAGUUUGGGAUGUGGGGUCGUCACCGUGAAGCAUUCUCAAUGUACAAGAGGAUGCCAUCAAGAGAUCAUUCAACUCUAGUUGAUGAUGUAGAAGAGAAUUCAGCUCUCUUACAGAACAGCAUGGACGUGGAAACUACAAAUCCUUCAUGGUUGCUUUCCUUUCCGCAUGUAGUAGUUGCGACCAUAUCUUCACUCCUAUUUGGCUACCAUCUUGGGGUGGUUAAUGAACCGCUUGAAAGUAUCUCUAUAGAUUUAGGUUUCAGGGGCAAUACUCUGGCUGAAGGUCUGGUGGUGAGUACUUGUUUGGGUGGUGCCUUUAUUGGAUCUUUGUUCAGUGGUUGGAUUGCUGAUAGUGCCGGGCGCCGUAGGGCAUUUCAGUUGUGUGCUCUUCCUAUGAUUAUUGGUGCUGCUACAAGUGCAACAACAAGAACUUUGGCGGGUAUGCUCAUUGGAAGGUUCUUAGUUGGGACUGGAAUGGGAAUUGGUCCACCUGUUGCUUCUCUUUAUUUGGCAGAGGUUUCCCCUGCUUCUUUAAGGGGAACUUAUGGAAGCUUCAUCCAGAUUGCAACUUGUCUGGGACUUAUGGGGGCUCUGUUUAUUGGUAUCCCCGUCAGAGAAAUUGCUGGCUGGUGGCGCAUUUGUUUUUGGGUCUCAACAGUUCCUGCUGGGAUACUUGCAUUUGCUAUGAUAUUUUGUGCUGAAAGUCCACAUUGGUUAUACAAGAAAGGUAGAAGUGCUGAAGCUGAAGCAGAGUUUGAGAGGCUUUUAGGUGGAUCACAUGUCAAAUAUGCCAUGUUAGAAUUAUCCAAAUUGGACAGGGGGGAUGAAGCAGAUACCGUGAAACUGUCAGAGUUGUUCCGUGGCCGCCAUUUUAGAGUUGUUUAUAUUGGGUCAACCCUAUUUGCUUUACAACAGCUAUCUGGUAUAAAUGCCGUGUUUUAUUUCUCUUCGUCGGUAUUUAAAAGUGCUGGAGUACCAUCGGAUGUUGCAAAUGCAUUGAUAGGAGUAGCAAAUUUAACAGGAUCUAUUGUUGCCAUGCUUUUAAUGGAUAAACUUGGAAGGAAGCUGCUUCUUUUGUGGAGCUUCUUUGGCAUGACUAUGUCAAUGGUCCUUCAAGUUGCUGCGGCAAAUUCUUACGUGUCAGGCUCUGGAUCUUUAUACCUAUCAGUUGGUGGCAUGCUAAUGUUCGUCUUAACAUUUGCACUGGGAGCUGGUCCUGUUCCAGGUCUCCUCCUACCUGAAAUUUUCCCUAAUCGAAUCCGGGCAAAAGCUAUGGCGUUCUGUAUGUCAGUGCACUGGGUAAUCAAUUUCUUCGUUGGUUUGCUCUUCCUGCGCUUGCUGGAGCAACUCGGUCCACAGCUCUUAUACUCGAUUUUCGCCAGCGUUUGCAUGAUGGCUGUGAUCUUUGUUAAAAAGAACGUAAUGGAGACCAAAGGAAAAUCACUUCAAGAAAUAGAGAUUGCUCUUCUCCCACCAGAAUAGAGUUGAUCAAACAUAAAUUUGAAGAGCAGAUAUUUUGAUCUCAUGCAACCAACUUUAGGUAUACAUGUGAGUGUUUGACAUGCAUGAAGUUUGUUGUAUAUCCAUAUUUGGUCCUUAAUUCAUUCGGGCUAAUAUGAAAUGAUAUAUUAGAUGGGCUCUCUAUUUCCUAAUUCGGGCUACGGGUCAUUAGUUUUGAAUCUUUAUAGUUCUAGUUAUUUGACUUAAGGUAGCACCACGGUUCACCAUUUUUGCCUCGACUUUUCAGCCUAGAAGUUGAAAUCAUAGCAAUAUAUAUUUUACUUUACAAAAAAAUAACAAUAAAUUUUACUAUUUUUAUGUUUAGCAAAAUAUGACUAUUUAUAUGCAAUUAAUAUACAUAAAAUGAUAUCACAAAGUAAAUUAAAGUUAUCA